AUGAAUGUUUGCCCAAAAGAAAGGGUCAAAUUGUAUUGUCCUCCCCUUGAGCCAGCCAUCAAGAGCGGAGAUUACAGAGAACUCAUCUGGAAAGUCGCCGACCCUCGUGACAAAUCUGAUUCUGAGCGAAAACUGGGUUAUUGCGACGAAAAUCUCAGCUGUGCCACAUAUAAUUCCCUGGGAAACCUUGAAAAACGUAUCACGAUCAGAACUGAUCCUGUAAAUGGGACAUUGUACGUGGAGCAGCUGAUCAAGGACGACAUGCUUACUUUUACAUGCUCUGUACAAAGAAAACAGAACAAAGACCCACUUGUUUAUCAAGCGAAUGUUUCCUCUUCCGUUCAUUGUGAGUAGAAUUUGAACGAUUACAGUAUUUGUGUUUAUUUUUGUCAGUAUUCUUUUUAUUAUAUCUCUCAGUUAGUACGCGCGCUGUACUCUCGUUUUUCCGCUAAGAUUUAUGGCCCGAGCGCAAUCAAUGAACUCGGUCCGUAUUUUACAAUACUUGUCUCGAAUUCGGGUACGAAGACGUUUGAACUCCUACAGAUGCUUGCCAAAAGUGUUUCAAAAUACACGCUGAAAAAGAAGGAAAACCAGACAUUUCGAGGGUGCUAUCUCCUCUUCGUUUUCGCCUUUAAACCACUGACGAAGAGGGAGCAACCUCGAAAUGUAUAGCUUUCCUCCUUUUUUCAACGCGUAUUUUCAAAAACUUUGACAUUCACUCGAUUAUUUGCGUUGCACAGCUUCUUCUAAUUAUCGCACAAAGGGCACCCGCCCUCAUCACCUUCUCGGGCGCCCUUAUUCCCCUUUUCCCUUCCCCUUCAAAAGCCUGUCACGCAGGUAACGUACUCCUACAGAUGGAUGCCAAAUAUUUCCUAGUUUGCGUGUUGGGCGCACGGCAUUGUCACAGCCUGUUUGGUAGGCGUUUGAAGAGAAAGGGAGUAUACAAAAGGGCUUGCGCGUCUUCAUUCCCCUAUUUCUUCGCCUUCAAACACCCGCAACGUACAUUAGAAGGGUCAGCGACAACCUAUAGUAGCUUUUUAAGCAGUCUCCCAAUUAUCAUACAAAAAGUACCCUCGCCAUAGUGUACCGUUCAAACAUUUUAAAAACAAAAUUUCAGACAAAAAGGGGAACCAAUGACCUCCCCGCUAAAUGUGCCAAACGUCAAAGUCAAAGGCUGUUCAAAUGAAUGAGUGCGUCUGUACAUUGAUUAAGGUAUAAUUUUCGUUCAUCCCUUUUUAGGCCUGACUUUAUUUGCCAACCAAGACGUUAACCUCAACGAGGCACUUGAAGAAGAAAUGGCAUUGAUUGGUAGCAUUCAAGAUAUCUGGUGGUAUUGGAUCAAACUUGAUGGAGAAAAGAAGAAGAUUGCAUAUUGUAACCCUGAGUUAUGCGUGUUCGACAAUUGCUAUAACAGUACCUGCCAAUCAAGGCUUAGGAUUAAAGGAGCGACACUGGAAUUGACGAACGUUAGGAAAGAGGACCGUGGGUUGCAAUUACAGUGUCAGAUGUUCCCUAAAUUUAAGGGCAGAAUGGCUAGUGAACGUACUGCUCAGUUCUACUCGAUAAAAAUCAGUGCUGUGAUACCAAAAGGUCAGUCUACUAGCUUAUUUCACAGAUCGUGGGUAAAUGUUUACUUCUUAAUGUGCGAGCUCAGACAGCCUAACUUGCAGGAAUUAUUCUAUUCUUUUCACCCUUAGUAAUGUGUUUUGUUAUGAGUAUGCCUCCAAAGAAAACAAAUCUAGUUGCUAAACUAUGCUUGGGGUAAAUUUAACACCGCAGAAUUUUUUCCGACGUAAGCUUAACCCAAGAUCCUUUCCGGUAAAGACAAAAUACUCUCGAUAGUAUAUUGCAUGAAAAAGUGGACUCAAUUUUCGAAUUUUAGAAUUGGACUAAGGAAACGAACAUAUUGUUCGUAAUACGAAAACAUGUUUUAGUUAGUUUUGUUACUAGCUUAUCGGUCAUUCCAAUCAAUUUCUAUAUGAACAUAAUCGGUCCAGUUAAUUAACUAAGAUAUAACUGAGUCAUUGUUUUUAAGUAUCUUACGCCGCCGGCAUUCAAGUCUGAACAACUUUUUGUUCUUUUUUCUUUCGUUGACCCAGACUCCCUUAGCAGCACAAGUAUUGCAAAGAAUGCAAAGAUGCCUUUUAAGUAUUCUGAGAUGCCACACAAAAGAUCUAGCAAAAACUUACCUGGAGCCUAUGGUACACGAUCUUCGGCAAGUGGAAGGACAUUAUUAGCGUUUACUUCAGGUCUGAUGGGUUGGACUUUAGCAGUUUUUGAGAAUUCUUAACAAUUUUCCUCCUUGUGGAUUCCUGGUAGCCAUGCUGUCGAUUUCUUACUGAUUAUUCGAUCGCAUGAUACCUUGGAAACAACUAAAGAAUUAUUUUUUGUAGGGAUAAUGUGACUGAUUUUAAAAGUCCACAAAGAAACUUCCGAGUUAUUCAUCCAAACAGCCCAGUUCGUCUUUAGAGGUAAAUCUCGUUCGUGCCGCCCUAGAGCGCUUGACUUGAAAACACACAAUGCCCCGAGACUUGUCAUGUUCUUUGUAUACAGAUAUUUCGAGAAAGGUUGUCGGAAAAACUGCGCGCGACAAUCCCGAAAGGUAAUAGGGUAUGAUCAAUACACCGUUCCUAACACUGUAGCUAUCGAACCUACUUUUGUUGCUUUCUUUAAGCACUCGCAAGCAUACGGCCAUGGCCUCUCGUGCCAUUGUUUCAAAUUUCUUUCUUUUUCUGAAGAAUAGUGAACUCAAAACAACCCACAAUACCUUUCAGGAUUGUCGCGUGCACUUUUUCCGACAACUUUUCUCGAAAUAGCUGUAAAUUACAAUUGAGAUGAACUCUUGGAUUUGGAUAUCUAUUUAUCAUUUCAAACGUCGACAAGAACUGGAGCCGUCCAGUUACUGCAAUCAUGGACAAAAGUCUUGAGACACAUUUGCAUUUGUGAGUCUUUUUGUCAAUUCACACUUGCCCAACCCCUCCCCUCUUCCCCCCAACCCCAUAAACAACGCUGGACGUCUGCAUCCAGAAUUUUUUCCCAAGUUUCAACAUUGUAUAAGUGGAGGGAGGGAGGGAGGGAGAGCUGCACGAAGAAUUCGAAAAGGAUGCACUAUUUUAUUAGGGUAUCCAUAGAUUAAGGAAAAUUAUGAAUACUGCAGUGGACGUUUGUCCAGAAGUUUACAGGCUUUUGAGUCCAAAGGGGGCCGCAAAACAAUUUUCCUUCAAUUAUCAUGGAAAGCAGAAACCUCCAAAAAUACACAGGCCAAAAAUGCAUUUAUUCAGAAAAGAAAAUGUUUAUUAAGAGAGGUGUCCUCUCAUAAUCAUAAUGGACCAUAAUGGCUGAAAAGUUUUCAAAAUAAUGUAUGCGUAUGCGUAUUAUCAAGAGAUAAUUAGUGUAUCAGUUUUAAAGCAGUAAUAUAAAAAUACACAAUGUUAUAUGUUAGCCGUUGCAAAAAAAGAUUUUGUCUUAAGCGUCAUAAACUUAAUAUUACCUUCUAGUCUCCUUAAGCAAUAACGAAAAAGUUUAUAAAUAUUUCGAGCCUACUUUAAAAAUACUGUAGCUAUUCCAGCAAAAAUAGUUAUACCGAAAAUGUAAGGAUGUAAAAAAGUGUAGUCCCACAAUAAAGACUGGAAUAUAUUUUUGCAUCGAUGGCGAAUUCACUACUUUCACUUAGACCAUAAUACAGCUUGUUUACCCCCCAAAAUUUUGCAUAACCAUUGUUUCAAAUUUCUCCUGGGUAUUACAGUCGUCCCACGAGAAAUCCAAGACAAUGGUUAUGCAAAGUUUUGGGGUUAAACAAGGUGCAUUAUGGUCUAUGUGAAAAUGGUGAAUAGUUUCUUCUUUGUUUAUCACGGUUUUAUUUGACGAGAAAACUAAAGCCAUGACGAGAGGAGCGUAAGGGGAGUACGAAUACUGCAAAACCGCACCGAAUUCCGUGUAAAGACCGCAUAGAACAGCAUAAGAAAACCGCAAGCCGCAUUGAAAUUACCCUCGAAAAUUUCUAAAUAUCGCCAACCGCUUGGUUUUGUAAAACAGCAAUACCCCAACUUAAAAUUAAAAAAUGCCGCAAAACCGCAUCACCGCAAACCCUUACGCCCCCCCUCCAUGACUAUUGUCGUAAACGAUUCGGGUCAGUAAAAUUUUCGUUUUGAAUUUCGCUGGGGACAGCAUUUCCCCAUCAGUUUAAAUAAUUGGCCCAGUUUGACGACUCAUAUGCAAAAAAAGACGUAACUUAAAACAAUUGCUUUUUAGUAAAAUGAACGCCCUUUUAGCAUCAUACAAUAGAUUAAGUUACUUAGCCCUCUCCAAGAAAAUGCUAUGGUUAUGAAAGGGAAUGGCCCUGGAAAUUAAGCGGAUGUUUUAUUGCCUAUCGUUUUAAUGUUAGUGAUGUUGAUUUGUCAGACAACAGUUGACUGAUCAAAGGGUGUAUGGUGUUUUUAUACAUCACCCGUCAUGGGUUACACCAUUGGUUCUAACAGCUCAUCUCUCCUGAACAGAUGGAUCCAGGAGGGGGUGGGGGAAUUCCCCAUGGGUUCCCAUGCACCUCUUUAUUACCCCAGAUACCGUAUUUAUUCGAAUAAGCGCCCAACCUCGAAUUAGCGCCCACCUCGAAUAAGCACCCAUCCUAAAGGCAGAAAAAGUUAAUAAGCGCCCAGCCUCGAAUAAGCGCCCACCCCACCCCACUCCCUCCCACAAAAACUCCAAUAAGAGAUAAUAAGAGACCCUCCCGAAGACGGAGUUUUCUUCAGGGUAUUGUACAGAAACCUUGCUUUGUUACAUCUUCGCUUUUUGUUAUUAGCAUUUACUGUUUUGUUGCAAAAUAUACUACUACACUUGCUGAGAAUGGUGAAAAUUUAAUAAGCGCCCAGCCUCGAAUAAGCGCCCACCUCGAAUAAGCGCCCACUCUCAAGGUCCAAAAAUUUAAUAAGCGCCCAGGGCGGUUAAUCGAAUAAAUACGGUACUUGUUGACCUCAGAUAGAAACAUUGGGCUUUAGCUGACCCCGUCCUCUCUAAUUAAAAGGCUUGAAUUGCACUACACUGGACAGUUUAAGUUAGCGUUUAAAGAGCUCUAGUAGGUCUAGGACCCACUUCCAAGGCUCGGAGAAGUCUGGAAACAUUGUAUUCAUCUACUUCUGCUGGGUUCCUACGUGACAUUUCUGGUAUUUGUGUGGCCCUAUGGAGGCCACGUCCACACGAAUCCGGAUACAAUGAAACCGCAUACUUGAUAUUUGCGUCAGCACGAAUGCGGUGUGGUGUAUCUUGUUUGGAUUCAUUCAUCUCUAAGAAUACGCUACUGCGAUUUACAUUUACUAAUUACUAGCCAGUAGGCAUGUGCAAACCGAGCCCACGAUAUGAUUUCGCGGCAAUUUCGAAUGUUGUUGUAGCUAUAUCUAGCACAAUGGUCAGAGCUGCCUGUACGUUGUCCUACCAGGCAUUUCUUUGCGCUAGUAAAUAUAGACGAAGCCAAAAUCGUCUUUGAGGAGGUUCAGAACGAAGACGGUUUACACACCUUCACCCCGAACUAAAAGAUUCUAACAUCUGGAUAAGAUUAAGUCUUCUUUAAUUUGAAAUGGGUAAUUGUUGUCGUCCGCCAUUUUGAACUUGAAAGUUUUCAUUUAAGACUGGACCAGAGUUCAUGACGUACUUGGCUUCAAAAAUAUCUGGUUUCAGAAAAACCCGUCGGACCCCAAAAAAUCCAUUCUGGAGAGUGGUUUCAAAAAUAUGCGGUUUCGGUCAGCAGAUUCACUGGUUUCGUAUGGUGGGAAGGCCGAUUCAUUUAAAAAAAGUAUGCAGUUUUAAAAGUAUCCGGAUUCGUGUAGAUGGGGCCUGAGAUGUUUGACAUCACUAACCCAUCAGUGUCAAAUGACGUCAUUGGAAUGUCCCCAAAACUCGGAUACCGGGAGGACCACGAGUUUCGAUCCGAAGGGUGUCUGUACGGUCUUAGUAAGUGAAACAUUUGCAUAUCGCAGUAUCCCUAUCAAGUUAAGAGCGACUGUCUGUGGAAAAUCUGCUUUUCCAAGCUGAUUUCAGUGCAUGAAACCUGUCUGUCCUUCUGAGUUAUUUUUUCUGACCAGAGUUCGAAGAUGAUCUUAGAUGACGAUUCUUGGCCAUACCUUUCUUUGAUUUGCUGAUACACCUACAUCUGGUUUUACAAUUUGACCACAUUCUUUCGGCUCAAACGCAAACUUUAAUCUUCAGUUCUCUUCUCUUCCAGAAAAAUUCGUCAAUGACCCUUUCAGACCAGACCAGAGUAUCAUUCAUCGACUCAAAAUAUUCAAUUUUAUUCAAAGAGAGUUCUAGAACAUGUCUGGAACGUUCAGUUCUCGAAGUAUCCCUGACUUAUAAACUUGUCCACGUGAUCCGCGCCAUCGUGAAGAGACUGCUCACAGUCUACAAUGAGUACCACAUCAGUUUUUUGUAUAUGCAAAGGAAGAAAUAUGAUUCAGUGCUUAGAAGCUACUAAUAUGGACCUUACGAUUCGAUAACGGCGACGUCCAUGGAAACGUUGCUGAAAAUAGACUUUGCAGCCUUUCCAACUUUUUCGCGAUUAUCUUAAGUCGCCCUGUUUCGAAAAAGAAGGUAACUUAUGUUAGAGCUGAAGAGAGGGGGCCGCGCCCGAGUUCAGACAGAGCUGGCGGAAUUUAUCGCUUGCCGUUACCGUUCUAAAGUAAACUGAAAAUUUGGUCAUUUUACGUCAUAGUUGUGCAUGGAUGGCAGAGAAAUGUGAAAAGGAGUGAUGCACGGGCAGAGUUGUUGCUUUGCUCGUUAAACCUAUUGCCUUUUUGACGUUGACGAUGCCGUUGCCGUCGUAGUUUCGUAAGGUCCCUAUUAAAUAUAGUCUGUUUAGCAGCCGCAUGAUCUGGGCAAGAAAUUUAAACAUAUGCCAAAACACAAUCUUUUAUUGAACGAAUUCAACCAAUGAGAACCAAACGGAAAUUUCCCCGACUCUGUUUGAGUUCAUGCACGGGUGCUCUGCGUGAUGUAACCUUGUACUGCCCAGUUGCGCGGAACUUUGAUGAAGUUUGUCAAAAGAUUCCAAUGAUGUACUCUCCUCGCAGAAGCUUUCAAGCAGCUUUGACAACAUAUAAUGUUUACUUGUUAUGGAUGUCCAUUGUUACUGGUGAGUGUUUCUUUUGAAUGGUCCAGUUUAUGUUACGUCUUCCUGCAAGCUAGCUAGAGAAAUUUGACUCCGAAAACGAUUUCAACUCUAACUUGAAGGUUAGCCUGAAUAACUUCGCAAAAUAUCAGACUUCAAUGGGGGAAUUGCUACCGAUACCACUGACAGAUACGACGCUGAUACUGAAUAGCAAAUCUACUAUCUAAAGUAGACAGCAAGUUUCUUAAUUUAUGUGGAAUAACUCAACCGAACUUGGUUAUUGCGCAUAAAUUAAUCCUCUUUGCCUACCUGAAGGGCGAGCUGAAAGCCUUAUACCCGCUUUUGUUUGGGCGGAUUCAUUUGCAACAUACGCGAUUGAGUAUCAGGCGCUUGAAAGGAAUUAUGUCUCAAGAAAGUGCGAGGGAAACGUUUUUCUUGAGCCCAUAUUCCUUUCAAGCGUUUGCAUGCUACACAGACUAUUAGCUGUCGGGCAAAUGGGGCGGUAAACAACUUAGGUUGCAAAUGAAUCCAUCCUUUGUAUCUAAAAACUUAAUAACCUGAAAUCAUGCGAUAGCUAGCCUCGUCUUAAUUAUCCUCGCACUAACGAUGAUGUCUGAGAAGAUUAUUAACAAGUAACUACUAGGUAAAGAACUUUAAAAAAAACAUUCUAUUUAAAUAAUUACUUCCUCAACAUGCUUCGUUCUUUCUUUUGUUUUGAGUUUAGGUUUCAGAAGCGCAUAAAUUAAGACGCUUGCUGCCUACUUUAAGUAGAUUAUAUUGCUGCCCCAAAUUUUUUCUAGUAAUUCUCUUUGAACAGAAAGUAAUGCUGCUUUUGAAGAGCUUGUUCUUCUCUUAUUUAGGGAUCGUCUUGUCCUUUCUGGUUUUGCGAACGUUUAAAUGAGCAACGAUGAUAGGGAUUUCAUUUUGGGGGAAGCAAAAGCAGAAUGAGAAAAGGCGGGUCGUUCUAGGAAACUCAUUCAUCUCGGCGACGGCCUGAGAUGCGAUACUGCAUAGUUUACCGCACCGAGCAUCGACUACCACCGGUAAUUUUACGAGGCCUAUGCCAUGAUGCGCCAACUAGUAGUCAGCCUUCCUUUACAAGAGUAAAACCUUGGUUAAUGUUAGUACCCGAGGAGCCUUCAAACGAAAUACUACCAGUAAGUAAGUUAGGACUUUAAAUAUAAGACUUUAAUUAUUAUUGAAUCUUCAUUUGCAUCCGAAAACAAGGUUCAUUUCCAGCGGAUAUACAGGAAGAUACCGCCACGGCCGCCACACUCCUAAAGCGCACACAGCAAGUCUGUAACCACAACAAACUCAAAACACAUCAUUCUAAAGCACAAAAUCCAUUCUGCUGUUCAUGUUUCUAUAUCAUACCGUUAAACAAUAUCUUCUUUAUCUAUCAGUUUCAGAAAAAUGUAAACUUAACCCUUACUCUCAGUUUGUUUAUUAGUUUUUAAUAUUGGUCACGAGAUUGGAGUGUCUUAACACAAUUGAGUGAUUUUUAAAAAUGCGGUCCCCGAACGCUUAGUCCCCGAACCAGAAAAAAACGAUUUUAUUCUUCAGAUUCUGGCAUUGCUCGUUUUAGUAUGUCUUCAAACGUUUUGCGAGAACUGGAAUAAUCACCACAACUCGAGGGGAGAUUUGGGACGAUCAUCUAAAAAUAGAAAAAAGAUGAUAAACCAGCAUAAUUAAAGGCUGAUUUUGAAGAAAGAAACGCACUUAACAUCUUUUGCUCACUUCCUUCAUUCACUACAACUGAACCAAUAAACAGAUUCUUAUAUCGAAAGGGAAACUACAUGGCCGCUUGAUCGGCGCCCUCGUUUCGCUUGUAAUAGUCCACAGUUGUUGUACUUUCACUCCAUAGCUGUGUAAUUCAUGUAGCCUGUUUUUGUCUCCUUUUGUAUUCAGUAAGAUCAUAGUGGAGCUCUCGCGCGCGCGAAGCGGAGCACCAUGGGUAAGAAAAUUUGGUAACCUAUGCAUCCUAGAAAUUUGGUAGUCACGUGACCGUAAGUCCACCCGACCGCCCGUCCGUCCGCACGACAGGCACACCAAUAUAAAAUAACUCGAUCAACAGGUAUGGCAACCCAAAUGCAACUCAAGGUUUAUCUGGAAGGACAUCGAAUGUCCGCCCGGACUUUUAGAGAGAGAAAAAAACAACAAAGUCGUGUCUUUUUCGACGUUAUUUUUUGAUGUUUACACUCACGUGGAUAACAGUGAAAGAGCUAGAGCGAGUGACUGAAAACAGAGGAGACAAAUUUCGUUGGAAGAAAAACAUGAACAUUUCAUAGCGGUGGUUGAAACAUGAGAAAUGCUAGCGGCCAGCAAAGAGCGGACAGCAAGGUGAAAAUGAGUGGCAGUGAAAAAAUAAAAGGGAACAUGAACACACGAAACAAAAUCUUUGGUAAUCACAUACGACAAUUCCUCCAUAAAAAUAAUGUGUAACUACGAAGUUUGACGUUUUAGUGGUACAAGACGUCAUUAUAGUCGUGCAAAACAACGGCAAAGAUAGACAAAAAAGUGUGUUGCACGUGUAAAUUUGUUUUUUUGCUAAUUAGAUCUCGUGAUCUAGAUGCCAAUUCUAUUGCCGUCCCCGUUUAGCAUUACACAACUUAAUUUUUUUUGUUUAUAAGUAUUAUUAACCGGAGCUUCGCUUUUAGCCCUGGCUAAAUCUAUAUAUUAGUACUAUAAUAGCUUGUAAUGGGUGAAGAAUCCUAAAGUCGGGAUCUUAAUGUUCUUUUAACCUCUCGAGAGGGGUGGCAGUCGGGGAGCAGCAGAGGUAUGGGAAAGGGCAGCAGUUCAGAAUUUACAGCUGAAUUCUAAAGGAGCUGCACAUACCUAGCUGGGAUGGAUGUAUACAGUAAUUUUCAAGGAGUUAUAAUAACUCCUCUAGUGGGGCUAAUUUAACUCCUUACAGUGGAGUUAUUUCUUGGGGAGAUUUUUUAACUCCAAAAAGGAGUUUAAAGAACUCUUUUUCAGGCUGAAGUAAAAGUGACCCCAGAUAUUGAGGAGUUAAAAUAACCCCAAAAAAGGAGUUAUCCUGUGCCUAAAAUUUUUACUCCACUUUCAGAGUUAAAUUAACUCCAAAAAGAGUAAAAACAACCCAUGUAAGGAGUAAAAAUAAACCCAUUUUGGAGUUAUUUUAACUCCAGACUGGGAAUAAAAAAUAUUCUUUUUCAGGAGACCUAAAUUCGGAGGUAAAUUAGAGUUAAAGUAACCCCCAAAAAGGAGUUAUCCUGUACCUAAAAUUUUUACUCCAUUUUUGGAGUUAUAAUAACUCCCUAAACAUUACAGUGUACUACAUAGAUUAGGCGUAUAAUUGCCCUAAUUAGAAAUAUAAAUAUUAAAAGGGAUUUUUGUUUUUAUGGUCCAGAUCAGAUGGACGCACAGACUUCAUUCCUGUUUGAUCCCAUGCAUAUAAAAUAUUCUCCCAGUAAAUAUCUCUGUAUCUCUGGGUGGUUCAAAAAUUAAAGUAGUGCGCUUGUUACGGGUAAUACAUUGUUACGUACUUGUGAAGUAGUCAUGACUUUUCCUAUUUACAGCGAAGCUUUCCAUUUAAAUAAAAGUUCCACCUCCUCCUCACACAUCAUUAUAUGUUACCUGUGAUCGUUCAACAUAUUUUUGAUAUUUUUAAAACGAGAACUUGGCUUUUUCUUAAAAAGCAACACCAAAAAACUGAAAAAAUUACAGAAAGGAUUACAUACCGUUAUUUCAAGUUACGGUGUCGGCAAGCCUACGCAACGAGACAUUAUAGCACUACCCAUGAUAACUUUCCCAUACUAAGCCGUGAAGCAACUCCUUUGUCAUAAAAUUACGAAGUUUAAAGCUUGAGACGUUUUUUACCAUUCUGUAGUACUGACAAGGGCAAAUAGUAAACCCAGGAUUUACAGCUACCCUCAUGACCUUGCGGUCUUGCCACGUUGGCUUGGGGCCUUAAAAUCCGACAACAUUAAAUUGAAAUAACUUGAUUUAUUUCCUUUGUUUUGUCAUCAACAAUUUAACUUUCAGCGCCGGCGUUUUGGGACGUGAUUUCCUAAUGCAUUAUAGAUCCUUAUUUCAAAUAUGCAGACUAAUAAUAAUCCCCCUAUACCACUUAAAAUUUCAACUUCGCCUCCUCUUUCCUCUCUGUCCCGCCUUAUCUGAUUCCCUAGCCCUUACAGUUCAUGCUUAUGCUACAUGCGUAUUACUACCUCAGUCAAGAUUCAAUCCUCCCUGUUCUUACUAAGGCUAAGCGCCCCACUGGCAGGCCACAAUUACACUAUAAAGAUGGCGAACCUGAAAACCUUACUGUAAGAUCGAUCUUACAGUAAACUUUCACCACGAACAUUUUAUCUACCCGACUAACUGCCCCUGGGUCUCCGUGGAUGUGUGCGGAAGGGACUGUCACGGUAUUUCCAGCCUCACAAGAUUUUUCCGAGAACCACCAAUUAGAGCGCGACACCAUAGUCGUAUUCGAGAAUGAAGGAUGCCGAUAAUAGUAAUACUACGAGAGAAUUGACACUAGGUAAUACGGGAUUAACUACUUUUGCUCGUGCUACUGGUUCCCUGUUAAUUUAACAAAUUUUUCCUUGUCCUCCAACUUCUUUUUCUUUAGGUGUUCGUGCUGGAAACAUAAAAUAUGUUUGUCCGAAAGAAAUGGUCCAAUUGGAUUGUGAUCCUCAACUUGAGCAAGCCAUCCAGAGUGGAGAUUUCAAGGAACUUUCCUGGACGGUCAACGAUCUUCGUAACAAAUCUGAGUUUGGGCAAACAGUAGCUUAUUGCAACGAAUAUCUCUUCUGUAACACGGAUGAUCAUUUUGGAAAAUUUGAAAAGCGUAUCAAAAUGAAAAAGUAUCCUGACAAUGGGGUAUUGAACGUGGAGCAGUUGAACAAGGAUGACUUCCUGACUUUCACAUGUCUUGUGAAAAGAAAAGACCGAGUUGUUUAUCACCAAGUUCAUCUUAAUUCUUCCGUAACUUGUGAGUAGCAUUUAAAAUAUCUUAUUUCUAUCUAUUUCUGUCAGUUUUGUCUUAAUCCUUACUACGACGUUCACUGCUGAGUGGAUUAUUGUAGUAUACUAGUAAUGCAGUCCUGUACAUUGUGGGUGUGUUCGACCAACUCGCUUGCCAAGCAGAAGGUACCAAGAGUCUGAAAUGUAUUUCUUGGAGAUGACCGAGUAAUUUCAGGCAUACAGCUUUGAUGAAAAAUCAUUGACAAGACAUCGAAGAUUGAUUGAAAAAUAGCUGAAUAAAUGGUGUUAUUUCUAUUUGAAGCAACUUUAUGAGAUGACCAUUGAAAAAUACGGCAGCCAUCUAAUUAAUUAAUUCCUGACAUCUAAGGCUUAGCUCAACAUUGAACGUAAACAAAAUCGUCGAUUUUCAAACAGCAUUAUUAGAGGCAAUGAUUUGAUUCAUUUUAUAUUUUAUGACGAUAAUUUAAGGACUUUUGACGAACGUAACUUCUAGAACUUUUUAACCGUGCUUUUAAUAAUCGUUUACGCACGUUAAAGUGACUGAUAACAGUCGCUGAACUAGGUUUUAUGGACGAAACCUUAUCCAAUUCAUGAUAUUGUAAACAAACACUUAACACUUAAGGGUUACAACUUGAUGUUACGGAGCACGAAUUUAUACUAAUUAGUAUGCUUUAUUACCAUGUGCUGUAUUAGGUUCAAUCAGGGAGUUUAUGUUAGGCAUCAUGCUUUCAUAGAUAUUUGCACAUACUAAUUAGCAUGGCAUUCGUGUUCCGUAACACCAAGUAAGGACCCACUAAAGGGACUAUGAGACUAGCGUGUUAAAAAAAUAUUUUUUAAUCUGGGUUUAAAAAGAGAGAUAGUAGCAACACUUUGUAUAUUGUUAUUUAGUGAGUUGAAAAAUUUAGGACCCUGAAAUCUUAUACAUCUUCCAGCUUAACAUGAAGUGGUUUCAACUCUUCCACAUCUUUUUUAGUGUACUGCAGGUCCUGAACAUCCUUCACCACACUGUCCACUCUCAAAGUCAAUGUUUGAAUCAUUGACUGAAAUAACGAUUUGAAUCGUAUGGAUUCCUGCACCCUUUAACAAUUCUUGAAAGGUGGCUAGAGUUACGUAAUCUCGCUCCUUCGGUGCCAUCCGCAGAUGAAUCCUGUUGUGAAUCCAGACUGGCUGCACCCUUUGAUUGAUGUUUUUGUGUUUCACACUUUUCAUGAAAACGAAGAUUAAUAAAAAAAGCUGCUUCUUACGAAUGAAAUAAAUACACGAAAGAAAGAAAACUAGAAAUUUAGGCGAAUGCUUGCGGAGCUCAACACGCGUCCACACGCCAUGACUACCGCUGAUACCUUUAGGUUCCCACGUUGAUUUACCACAAGGAAAGUGCUUUGUACGGUAUUUACGCACUUGUUGUUUUUGUAUCAGAAGUCUUACUCGUUCGCUGCGCUCACUCGUUCGAUUUCUGAUACGUCAACAACUCGUGCGUAAAUACCGUACAAAGCACUUUCCAUUUAGUAUUCUCUAUUUACCAUGAAUUUUACCAAUGCGAUGAACUAUAUCAAAAUCGUACUGUUGCAAAAGCAACGCCCAUCUUCAUAAGACGACCAGUCGCAUCUUUGACAUUCAUUGCCCAACGAAGCGAACUAUGAUAAGUUACAACAGUAGACGUAUAAUUGUGUAAAUAAGGCUGCAAUUUCGCAAUACCCUCAACUAAUGCGAUAGCUUCUCUUUCUGUGGUGCUUUAAUGUUUCUCAGCUUGAUUCAAACCAGGACCAUUGUAAGCAAUAAAUACUUCCUUUCCAUUUUGAAAUUGUGCUGAAGUAAAAUAAAUCCGAGUGGAGCUUGUAUCAACAAAUACUAAAGAUGGUGCCCCAAAAUUAGGAUAUGGCAAAAUAGGAGCGGAAACUAAGGCGCACUUCAGCAUGUUAAAUGCCUCAGCUCACGCUUCAGUCCGAACAAAGGGAACGUUCUUCUUUGUCAAGGCAUUCAUAGGGCUGGCAAUAUUAGAAAUAAUUAACAAGACGUGAAAAAUCUUUUUUUAUUUCCUUCAAAUUUGUGGGAGUAGGGAACUACUAAACCACUCUUAUUUUGUCUUGGUUGGGACUAACGCCGUCGGGUAUAACUACAUGACCAACACACUCUAUUCUUUAAUUAUCAAAACUGCAUUUCUUUUUUUUUUACUGUUUUUAAGAAUUUUUUUUACUGAAAUAUACCUAUAAAAAACUGAACUUCAUAGGAUUUAGCUUGACUUUGGCGUCACACAACCUUUUGAAAACUUCAUUCCAAUGUAGCAAAUACUCUUCAAGAGAUUCAGAGAAAAUGAUUGUAUCAUCGAUAUAAAUUGAAAACGGUAUUUUAACCUCUCAAUUAUGACCCGUAAGCCUCUGAAAACUAGCUCCUGAAUUGGUCAAUCCAAACGGGAUGGGCAAAAAUUCAUAAAGGCCAUUGUGAGUAGCAAAUUAAAGCAGUCUUUUCUCGUGAUUCCGGAUGCAUUUCAGUAACCGUUUUUGACGCCUAACGUCGAAAAUAUACUUGUACCGGCUAAAGAAUCUAGAACAUCUGCUCCUAAAGGCAUUGGAAAGCUGUCCAUUUAAGUGACCUUUUUAAAUUUGCGAAACUUUGCAAAACCAAUUUUUGACCAAAACAGAGCUCCAAGGAGAAGCAGACUCUUGAAUAAUUCCGUUCUCAAGUAUUUCAUCUACCUGACGAUCAAUUUCUCUCCUAAAUCCCGAGACGUUCUGUACGGGCUUUGUUUAAUGGACACAGCAUCACCAGUAUCUAUGACAUGCUCUACAAGGGAAAACAUCACGAUAUUUAUUGAACAAAUUCUUGAAUUUUUCUUUCAAAUCAUCAUUCAAAGUACUUGCUAAAUCAUGUUCAACCCGCUCAAAAUCUGCCAAUUUAGUCCUAAUUAAGAAAGUUUUUUUAACGGGUUGAGAAGAGGGGAUAAUCGCAUCACUAGAAACUUUUACGUGCUCUGACGCUCCAAAGGCUAAAUAACGGGUUGGGUAAAUCAGAAUUGGCAUGACCAACCCAAAAAUUUCAGUGGUUUCAUUGUUUAUACCUUUAAUUUUCCAAAAACAACCACUGGAGAUUGGGCAGAAAUUGUAAAAGAGUAAUCGGAAAGUACAGACGAAACACAAUUAACAUCAACUUUAGCAUCCAGAUGAUUACCAAAACCAUCAGGAAACGGGAGAGGGUCCUCGGGGUGGGAAAAUUCAGCAAUGUUUUCUAUAAAAGCGAGUUUCGAACGACAUUUUUGACGAAAAUCUCUGCCUAAAACAACGUCAUGAAUUAAAUCUUUGAUAACAUAGGCUUCAAAAAGAAAAACGUCAGACUUAAUAACAAAGAAAUGUAGAAUACACCUGGUCAGUGACAACCGUGCCUCCGAAAAAUGUACCCUUUUAUUCGUCAUUGAUCCAAAAACAGAUUCUAGUCGCCCUCAAUGCACCAGCUUUUCCUCAUGUCAUUGUAUCGUAGUUGACGCUAGUUAAGCAUGUUAAGUCAAUGCAAUGGUUUUUCUUUUCUUUCAGUUCUACCUUUGUUUUUAUAUUGUAAUUUUGCGCCUUUGUAUUUUUUUUCUUCUUUCUUCCUAGUAAUUAGCUCUGAAAACAUGUCCCACCAUAAUCGCAGGCAUCCCAAACUGAAUAAACUUUUGAGAAAAGCAAUAAAUAAACUGCUUGUAAGGUGUGUGUUUAAAAAACUAAUGAAACGGAUUUUUUAAAUUAAGGUGGGUCAACCCAGUAAUUUUGUAGGCUUUCCUUUUACCUUUGAACUUCCUUACCUAAACAGCUUGGUCUUUAUUGUAAAUCCAUUAUAACACAUGGAUUACACGUAAACUGAACUAUAUUAUAUUUGAUUAUUUUGCGAUCGAAAAGAAUAUCACUUGACACAAUGACACGUCACAAUUGUUUGAUUUUCCCUCAAAUUGCUCUACGCUUCGUAUACUUUAGGUGAUUGCUUUUUUUUCUGCGAAGUUUCAUUCAAAAUUCGUAAAUAGAUUUCCUUUAAAGAUUUUGAGAACUGCAAAUUGACCAGUAUACUAUAAAAUCCCUGAAUUUCAUGUCGAUUGAAAACUUUUAAAGGUGUCUAACGUUCGCUCAAAAUUGAGUAAUGAAAGAAGCGAUGUCGGCAUAGUUUUGGAUAAUUUUGUGUUCUGGGAUUUCUCACGGUUUCCAGCUUAACACAACAUGGAAUUCCCAUUCAGCACUUCUCUGAAAAAAGUGUUCUCAGGAUUAUAGAAACAUCAGAAUGCAAUUUGUAUGGCUAAUUAAUUCCUAUGGCUUGUUUGUUUUUGUUUUUAUGCAUGACAAUGUUUUUGCAAUUGGGUUUAUAUCUGGUUGGCGUCCGAAAUGAUGUCAUCUACAAGCAACAUACUUCUCCAUUGUUUUUGCGGCCAUUUUGACUAUCAAUUUCGACCGUAAAAGUAUUUCAAAGAGAGUAUUGAAACAAUCUGUACCAUUAGCUUAAAAGUAAGAGAAAAAAUCGAGAUAAAAGGACAUUAGUCAGUACCGCCACACUUCGCACACGAUUUUCUUCUCAGUUCAGCUUUUUACCUUCAAAACCUUGUUGUUUUCCCCUUAGACCUGCCUUUGAAUUCAUGGUACACCAAGGUAAACCCACAAUCAGUAACCUGGUGCUUUCCCCACCGAUGAAUAAAACGCUGGUUUCGGCUACAUUAGUCGUUGAACCCGAGUUGAAUUUGCAUGUGAAAUUGCCUCCCUUUUUUUGGUUGUUGUUGUUUAAGAAUAAAACAGGACAAUGAAACAAAGAAGAAAAAGGAAAAAAAAGAAGUAAGGGUCUUCAUGACAGGAUAUUCGAGACAGGUCACCGAUCCAGUCUCUGAUCCCUCCCACACGGAUUAAUUUGAUUGACACUCGUUAAAACGUGGCUCAACCUCGUCUCCAGGGCUUUCCGUUUUUUUAAAGCCCUGGAGAUACGGCUGAACUGGGUGGCGGUCGCCGAGUUUCACGAGGUAUCUCUAGUUUAAAGGAAUUAGUAAUGUCAUUGUAAUUGUGUUUUUCAGCUGAAAAUUGCCCAGCAACUACAUCAAAGAGGAAUUAUGUGCUGUUGUUAGUCAUAGCGAUCUUUGGAUUUACCAUCUUGCUCGUAAUAAUGUGGGUGCAAGAAAAAGGUGAGAAAAAAAUUCCACAGAAAUUAAAAUUAGCUCUUACUCGGACAGUUUUUCUUAACCCUCAAUUGAAAAAAUAGUGCAGUGCAGUGGAAAAUUUAAACGAAAAGAAAGAGUUUUCCAAAAGAUCGGCUGGGUUUCAACCUCAAGUUUUCAGGCCUAGCCCGGUCCGGUUCUACAACAAACAUUUCUCACGAACUGUACAGCUGGGCAGAUAUUUUACCCGAUUUCAUAGACAGAGCUUGAAUUAUAACAUAACCUGCAGGGCAGGCGCUAUUUUUCACGAACGCUUGUUUAAAGUUCGCCGUUUUGGAAUCAAAAGAGCAAGACUAGGGGAGGAAGGGAGGGAAGGGGCACAGGAGAGGAGGGGGUUAGAAAAGGGAAAAAAGCCUACCUGUGAAGGUACGGAACACCUUCUAAUUAGUUGCUCUUGUUUUGCUUUCAUUUUCUUGAAAUGUUUAUACAGGUAAUGAAAAUCGAGGUUGUUUUUGCUGGAAGCAAGAAAUUGACGAACGACAUUAACAUGAGUCUGUAAUUGUUUUAAAAGCUGGUGAUGCGCGAGUAAAGGUAUCUCAAAAACACGUCCUAUAAUUAGCUGCGGGAUCUGCAAAUUUUAUCUGGACCCUCAUGUUGAGCAAUUUUACACCUAGUCGCAAAAUCUGUUUAAAGCGUCUUGCAGACGUUUGUCGUCAAGAGGUUUGUUGCAGGAUGCAGAGGUUUAUUCGGAUCGCCUAUGUAACCCCCUGUGGUGGCAAAAUUGUCAGUUCAUUUUUUUGGAGAAUGUCAAAGCCACCAGAAAAGGUGGUACAUUAUCAAAGGUACCUAAUAUUUAUGACUCCAGAGAAAGCGUGUUCGCAUGGGAAAAAAGCGAAGCUAAUUAGCCAUUGAUAUUUCCUUUUUAAAAUGAAUCAGAGCAGGAGCCAUAAUCGGGCUGAGUAAACUCCCCGCGCAGGAGGACCGGAAAAAAAUAUGGCUUUAAUUGGCAGGCAGCAAUCAAUGUGCUCAGUACCAACCGCAUACAAUGGUUUGGCUCGGUUUGCAUGAUGAGUAAAAAACCUCUGUCUCCUAGGGUGUUUCAACCGUGGCACUUUUGAGAAGUUUGACAGAAAUUACGUUAUUUGUAUCCUCAUUUGCUCGUGAUCAGGAUAUGAAAAUUACUGAAUGAAUGAAGCAAGACAGGGCCACCAUUAUAAUUAGCCUGCAAAACAGGUGUAUUUGGUUGGGCAAGUUGUUCUGCCUUCAUUUUGGGUGCCGAAGCCGACAGAGGGUUGUGGCGAGCCAAAAAUGAUUCCAAGGGAGAGGACGAUGUGUUUAAAAUAGAGAGAGACAAAGGGGUUAGGGAAAAGGGGAAAAUACACCUCCACGCAGCCAUGGUUCUGCUGACGAAGCCCAAACAUUGGAUGGACGGGGGUUCUUACUGGUGCGAGCGAAAAAAAAAGAUCACUUGCAGCGACGAUUUUGCGGGAUAUCUUGAUUGUUUAGGGGUUUACCAUUAGAAACGUUAUGGGGGAAGGGUGGGGAAUUUUCUAGCGGCAUAAUUUUCUUUUAACAUUUCCUUUAUUACUUGGGACAAUAUUGGCCACGCAAGUCCGUGGCUUCUUGGCUUGUUUUGGCUAUUUAAUGGCGGGAGACCGGAACGUCUACGAGAUAUCUCGAGGUCAAUUAAAAUUCUUUCGGCUGGGAUAAAUAUUUAAAUUUGUUCGAGGAAUAAAUGAUUAUUUCCUUUAGCUUACCCAGGGUUUGAACCGCUAAGUUGACGGAUUAGCCGAUUGGGCUACUGCGACCUAGUGUGGUGCAGUUUUCAAUGGAAUCAAACCACUAUGAGAUGAAGCCGCGCGAGUUUCCAAAGCUUAUCAUUUUCUUAAAAUAUUUUGUGUGGAUAGCAUGCUAUUUCACUGUUUUUAUGAUUCUUAAAACCUCUUUUCAAAUUAUUUCCAAAACGCUCUAAUAGAAUUUGUUCAAACUUUGCCGUAAUUGAGGCGGCAGGUACAUACCCCCUUAAACGAUUUCUUAAAAAAACUCCUGGUACAGAGAAAUUAAACACAAAGAUAAAAAAAAACGUAAUGGCGCCAUUACGUUUCCAUGGAGACUCCGAUUGCAAUAAAAUCCAGAUCAUAAGAAAUUAUAAUCUUUAUAUAAUACAGUUGGGGUAAUCUUUUUCCCAUAUCUUUACUCAUGCCGACGUAGUUAGUACUCAAACGUGUGAAGUAUCCUGAACGAUCUGAACGAUCGAGAACAAGACUACAUUAAACUACAAAGGGAUCUAUGUGAGACUAAAGAAAAAUUAACUAAAUGCGAAUCCUUGUUAACAACACGUGAAUGGUUGAUUUCUCGAGAUGAAAUUGAAAUUAUGCGUGAAAAAUUCUUGGGAGAGGGGAGCUACGGGAAGGUUUUUAAAGGCAGAUAUCGUGGAUUUGUCGUUGCAGUCAAAGAACUUAAGUGUUUGUCUACUUUUCGAGAACGUGAUCUGUUUGAACGGGAAAUGGACAUUGCUUCAAGGUGUCGUCAUCCAUGCCUGUUACAGUUCAUCGGCGCAACUCAAGAUGAAAAAACGCCUUUGUUUGUUACAGAGCUAAUGGAAUCAAGCUUGCGAAAAUUGUUAGAGAAACGGCAACUUUCUGAAAAAGAAAUCGCUGUCAUUUCUCUGGACGUAGCUCACGCUCUUAACUACCUUCACCAAAGAAAACCCAAAGCCAUUGUUCAUCGUGACGUCAGUAGUGCUAAUGUGUUGUUGUGGAAACAAAAUGGCGAAUGGCGAGGCAAACUGGGAGAUUAUGGCACUGUUAAAUUUCUACAAGAGAUUAUGACAGUGGCUCCCGGAGCUAUGAUUUAUGGUGCGCCCGAAGUAGGAUGUCCCCAUAAUCAAACCGUCAAGGUUAGUUUCCUUGUUGUAAGUUAACCUGUUGAUCGAAAUACACAAUUUAAUGCCCAGAGUGAGAUCACUCAUUGUUACAAAAUGAAAGACGCUUUUUUGAAUAGCUUAAUCAUAUUUAUUUAUUUUUUCAUUUAUGUUUCUAUAUACUUUCCAAAGGAUGCCGUUCUCCUCUUGAACAAAGCCUAGUUUCCUUGAUACUUGAUUAAUUGGCUACCCUUAAUCAGAGGGUAGCAAAGGGGGGUUCUUGGUCCCGUUUCACGUACAAAUUUUUAGUGCUUGAGCACUAAUCGCUCGAACAUGAGAGUGAAGGGAGAAUAGGGACACUGGACGGUAAUCUAUCUCAUUUCUAGGGUGGUCAAUUCUGGAGACAGGUGAAAUCCGCGCCGCAGUUUUCCUGGUGUGUGCGAACUGUCUUGUAGAGAGACACACGUUGAUGAUAUGUGUGAAAGGACUCAUGUGUAGCCCACCAACGAGUUUGACAUACUUUACGGGGAUUUGAUCAGUUCCAGCUAGUCAAAUCGAAAAGUUUCCUGACCAGAGCUCUUUAAGCACUUCUCCACCAGAUACCCUAUGAAGGUCAAAGGGACGCUGCACAAUAAAUGUUGCAACAACGGGAAGAUAAUACUCUUUCACUGCGUUCAAAAUAAAAGAGAGUUACCUUUAAAUGGCUUUACUUACAUUUAAAGCUUGAACUUGACCUGUUUAGUGUUUACAAGCUACCUGUCAAUUGACCAUUUGCACGAUGGCGUCAUUUUAAAUCCUUUUCGUUUUUCCUUUCAUAUUCUUGUUUGGUAAUCCCAGUGAGGUUUCAAAAACUAAAGCCCUAAUUUGCACAAGAAAGCAAAAUCCUGAAAGAUUCUGGCCGUAGUAGUAAAAUGACGUCAUCGUGCAAAUGGCCUAUUAGUCUGUGAUGUACAAAGGGAACGCAAGAAUAAUCAGAGACAGGAGCUCAUAUCAGAGCGAGCCACUUCUAUGUUAACGUGUCAGAACGUUUUCAUCGAGCAGUCUAUUUUUAGAACGAUUUUGGCUCGAAUCUAGAAUAGGGAAUAGGGAACGUAAGCGUCACUUUUAAAAUGAGUUCGCGGUUUUUCAAACUUUUUCGCGUUUAUUCCAAUUCCCUGAAAAGGUGAAAUGUAGGCGAAUUUCCCUAAGGUUGUUUUCUUGGGGACCCCACUUAAGUUUAGAAAGAGAAAACCCAGCUAAGACAAAAGCAAGGGAGUUUUUUUAUUCGCAAGCAAAGUUUGGAAUAUAGGUUAUUGCUUGUAUGUUGGUUGAGUUUUUUUGUGUAAAUGGUGGCCAAAAAUCGGUGUUUUACGGCACGAAGUUCAGGUGUACCAGGGUCAUGCCAUUUUAUUGUCUUUUUAAGGAGAACUAAAUUUUUCUUUCUUUUAGAUCGAUGUUUAUAGCUUUGGUGUCCUCUUGUGUGAAAUGUGUACAAGGAAAUUGCCAGUUUUAGAAAAUCGAGAAGAACAAGUGAGACUUGUCUCAAACAAGGGGUUUGCUGGGCUGAUACUGUGGUGUGUUGAGGAAGAUCCAAUGAUGAGGCCCAGCAUGGAAGAGGUUAUAAAGAAAGUGGAGGAGAUUAAAGAUGUCGAUUCAGAAUUACAGAACUUUCUAAGCGGUAGACUGGCCAUUUAA